AUGGCACCUUCAGAGACAGCCAUUCUGAGCAAUUUCCUCUUGACCCCAGCUCCCUUGCCAACGAUCAUCUCGUUGCAGCAAUUCACCGAGCUCUUUCCAAAGAGACUACGCUCUCACCCCCACAUCAGGGUUCUCUAUCGUGAACUACAAGAGAUUCGCGAGCAGGACAUGGACCUAGUCAAUGAGAACAUUGACAAGGAAGCAGUUCAGGGCGAACGCCAGAAGGCAGAGCUCCGUAAAUCCUUGAUGAAGACAGGCAUUGAUGGCAUUAGCUCCGCUGAGCAGCGCGAGAUGGACAUGGAUUUCGAGCUGUUUGGGCAGACGACUUCUACGUCUAAUUACCACUCGGUAUCGAGUCUCCUCGCGGCUAUGCAGACGGCAUGCUCCAACGUGGAACACGAGGUGACCGAAGUCGACAAGGAAGCAAGCUCACUCCUGUCCGAUCUCCAUGGCCUGGUCGGUGACUUGAGUGAUCUGCGGUAUGGCAAGAUGCAAGGCCCUGUGGGCAUGACAGGCGAGGAGGUCGUCAACGAGGCCAUAAGGGGUCUCCAAAACCUUGAAAAUGCUUGCUACCGCAACAGCUGA